AUGUCGUAUACACCCCAAGAACAAGCGCCACACUUCAAUUCGAAUGCCGGAGGCCUAUUCCCGCAGCAUCGCACUCCUCUCCAACUACACCAGAGCCAAAACGGGCCAUAUGCUAAUCUGCGUCUACCCUCGGUAGAAGAAGCCUAUCAACUUCUAGAUACUGUUCUACUCUACCUUUGUGGUACUCAACAUUACUUCGAUGAGAGGGAGCUCUCGGACCAGCUGAUGAUAUUUUACAGAAAUAAUUUUGACGCUGGUCAGAGAACCAGCAUUUGGUAUCUUCACAUUCUUCUCGUGUUUGCGAUUGGAAAACUAUUGCGUGGGGACUUGGACGGGACAAGUGAACCCCCAGGGUUUGCCUUGUUCAAUGAAGUUCUCAGAUUACUUCCCGGUAUCAGUGAAAUCAGAGCCCAUGGUGUCGCCGGAAUUGAGAUUCUGGCACUGAUAGCGGUGUAUUACCAAAAUAUUGACUGCAAAGAUGACGCGGCUACUCAUAUUGGACUUGCUUUUCGGCUAGCUUUAUUGCAUAAACUCAAUCGAAAAACUACCCUUGAGCAGUUACAACCGUCGCAAGCAACGCAUGUCAACCGUAUUUGGUGGACAGUUCAAAUGCACGAUAAACGUCUUACGAUAGCUACGGGAUGUCCAUUAAGCCUCGACGACAAAAUGAUCGCUUCUCCUCUCCCAACUGCUUCGCCGGGUUUCUCUGCCCCGUGGGCUAUUCUAUUGAAUAUUGAGAUUGUGCAAAUUCAAAGCAGAAUAUACUCUGUCCUUUACAGCAAUGAGACUUGUUCAGAGAACACAUUUUGUAACAACGUGCAAGAUAUCAUGUCUACACUCACUGAAAUCGCCAAGGCAAUUCCUCAGAAUCCCUCGCGCCCCAUCAAAUCAAACCGCGACCCAUCGAAGCUAGGGAUACGCACAAGCAUUUCGCUAUUUACAAUGCUCUAUCAGGCAAUUAUCCUCACUCUACGACCUGUUCUUCUCCAUCUCACCAAGUUGAUACUCGAUCGCGAGACAACUUUUGCUGAAAGCAGCAGUGCAUUGCAGCAGCUUGCCCGUAUAUGCAUAGAGGCUGCGCGUAAUAAUUUGAAACACAUGCUAAUUUUAAAUGAUGAAAAGAUCAUCUCGGUAUUCGGAUUCUUUGACCUCGAUGCUGUUUUUUCUUCAUCUUUCGUCUUGCUCUUAGCAGCCAUAAUCAGUUCCCCAAAUCCCAGCGAUUCCAGCAAUUUCCCUUUUCUCACCUCAAGUCCCGGCAUCAAAGAAGGCCUGCAGCUUCUUGACUAUCUGGCUGGGCGCCAAAAUCAUGCUGCCGGUGCACGAAGAGAUCAGCUUCAAUCUUUACACGAACGCUUACCCUCCUUCAUGCAAGGGAUUUGCACUUCCGAGGUCAAACCCGAAGCUUCAUCAGCGUCUCAAACUGAAUUGAAUAAUAUGGGGGUUGCAAAUGCGAGAGCUUCUUCGGCGGAAGCUAAUUUUUACCAGGCAGGAGUUUCUCAAUACGAUGCCAUUAUGGGGAGCUAUACUAGCGGGACAGUGGAAGGGGAUUUUGUGCCGAUAACAUUGCCGGUUGAGUUUUCGGAUGAUCCUCAUGCCAUGUAUUCACUUUUUCAUGAUCAAGGCCUUUCAUUGACCGGAGAAAAUCAGGCGGAUUUUGAGGAACUACAGCGACAUUUUCUAUGGAAUGAGUGA